AUGGACGAUCAGUUUUUGUUCCCGGACGAGAGUGAUCCAAUGAAUUCUGGCGAUGGCCAGCUUUUCGGUCAAGGAGGUUCGAACGGUGAUGAGUACCUUUCCUUCCUUGAUAACUCAGGCGCACCCAACCAGCAAGGUAUACCUGAUAGUAAUUUAGGGCCGAUGGAAGAUGUUAACGCAGGCGUAACGCCCCAGGCUAUAUUGGCUAGAAAUUCAUUCUCAACUGUCAAUUCACCUCCGUCGAUGAAGAACGGUGGAGUCUCUAUCUCUCCACAAUCCAUGUUUUCUCCAGCCGCAGGACCAAUUCCUAUGAAUACAGCCAAUGUAGCACCGACGCAGUCUCCCGCCGGCACUACUUCUUUACAGCAGAUGUUAUCGCAGCGUGGAACGCCGCAAAAUGUGCCAAGUGGAUCCCCUACAAUGGCCGAUGAGUCUUUAGCUCAGGCGAGUGCUAGUAGACAGAGCCCUCAGUAUAUGGAUAGAGCCGCAAUAAUUGCUGCGCAUCAACAGAGGCAACAGCAACAGCAACAAAAGCUACAGAUGUUGCAACAACAGCAGGCAUUCAACCAAUUACAGCAGCAGAAACUAAGACAACAGCAGCAACAAGCACAGGCUCAAGCGCAGGCACAGGCUCAAGCACAAGCUCAAGCUCAAGCCCAAGCACAAGCACAAGCACAGGCUCAAGCUCAAGCCCAAGCUCAAGCGCACAUACAAGCACAAGCGCAAGCACAGGCGAGAAUGCAACAACAUGCGCCUCAAGUACAGAAUCAGUCUAAUAACCAAAGAAACGUUCUACAAAAUCUAGAUCCAGCCAUUCAACGGAAAGUCGGUCAGGAAUUAAACACCAAACAGUUUGAACUAUUUAGAAAAUCAUUUUUGGAACAUUGCAGGAGAAAGAAUCAACCCGCAGAUAUUGCUCAAAUGAUUAAUGGUACCCAGGUCAGUUUCUUCAUCUUAUACAUGUAUGUUCAGAAGCUUAACGGAGGAGAAAACGUCACUAAAGCACAACAAUGGCACAUAUUGGCGAAAAAGAUGAAUAUACAAGGACCAAAUGCUGGAGAAGAAUUGGCAAAGACGUACUACAGAUAUUUACUACCGUACGAAAAGUACUUGAUGACCCCAGAAGGUAUUAAAGAAACUCAAACCAAUCGUAUCAUGUUACAGCAAUUACUUCAGGACAUUAUAAGAAACAUUAGAACGAAUACACCGCAGUUCCAACCGCAGGUGCAAAAUCAGUCUUUUAUGCAGGGUCAAAACGUAAUACAACCGGAUUUACAAAUGAAGCAACAACAGAUUCCUAAGGCUCAAGGCAAAACAAAGAACACCGUCCCAAAACAAGCAAAACCUAAACAGCCUAAGAAGCCAAGAGUGAAGAAGAAGACUAAGAAAGAACUAGAACAGGAAAGAAAACAAAUGGAAGAGCUGCAAAAGCGUCAACAACAAGAAGCGGAGCAACAACAGCAGCAGCAAAAGCUCAUAUUCGAACAACAAUUGAAGAAACAACAGGAAAUUAUUUUGAAACGUCGUGAAGAGCAAAUUAAGAAGCUUCCGAAGGUGUAUAAGAGAACGAUGGCCAGGCAUUAUAGUCCCACCACAAGAGCCAUCACCACGCAAAAUGGGUAUGAUAUUUCAAAGAUUUCAGCUCUUGGUGAGAUGAUACAUAAUUUUAAACCCAUCUUCCUCUUUGCGCCGGAGUUUGGUGUCGUCAAUAUCAAUGCAAUUGCAAUGCAGUUACAAAGUUCUAAUAACCCGGAAGUCAAUACCGCACUAAACUCAUUAUUAGUUAUUAGCUCCGAUAACACUUUAUCAAUUCCACUCGAUAAAUGUCGUGAGCUUUUGGAUAACCUCUGUAUCUUGGCGUGUCAGUUACUGCAUAAACUAUUGAAGAAGGAUUAUUCAAGGAUAUCAGGGUCUUAUACUGAAUAUGAUGAACAGCAGUGGAUUAAUACGCCUCCCAAACAUUCGGAUUCCUCUGAUACUCAUAUUGAUAAAAUUUUCAAGGAAAGCGUCAAAAAAUCUGGAGAAGAUCAAUCUGAAUAUACAGUAAAGGUAGACUCUUUAACUGGUAUAGAUUUUUCUCAACUUCCGAUCACACCGACGGAACCAGAAAUAGAAGUCGAUGCGACAUUACCUGAAGUCUCACUGGAGAAGGACGAAGAUGAGAAUGAUAUUGAAUACUUACCUGAUUUGUUGAAAGACGAAAAUCUCGAUGAAAUCAAAAAGCUACAUUUCAUUUCAUAUAUGGAUUCUCUAACUAAAGUCAAAACGGAAGUCGGAUCCAUCUUUAGCAAGUGUCACCGUUCUGGAGCAGAGGAUCCGCACUUGUUGAUUGUUGACCAAUUGACAACAAUUUCAAUGAUCUUGAGAAAUCUUUCAUUUAACGAACAGAAUUCACAGGUAAUGGCUAAUAAUUACCACAUGGAAAAAUAUAUUGCAGAUACUCUUUGGAUGGUUUUCAUUCAUAGAGAUGAGUUUAUUUUUGAGCGCAGGGUUUUAAACUUCAAGAAGGAUUUGAUUUUUAUUCUAUCUAAUAUUACACAUAUGUUGAAAAUUGAAUCAACAGUAACUUGUUUGUUAAUCAUAAUGCUAGCGUUGAGCUUCGCUGAUCCGAAAGAUCAUAUUCAAGAGAAUAGCGUCUUGACAUAUGCAGAGUACACCAUGAAUGUUGAAAAAUGUCAGACAUACGGUGCGGACGUCUUGGCUAAACUUCUUUCUCUUGGUUACCCAAAUAGAGCACAUUUUAAGUCAGUAUUAACUGGUGUUUUCACUGAAGAAAAUGACGAUGAUGACAUAUGCCAGCAGGUUUUAGAUUUGUAUAACGGGGACGAAAAAUUCAAGUUGUUUAAUGACAUUUUCUCUUUUAUCAUUUCCACCAUCCCCUUCCAACAAAUCAAUAAAAUCCCUAAUCUGAUUGAAGACUCACUUCCAUCUAUUUUACAAGCUCUGACAGCUGCUGUUUGCAUUGUAAAGUUUAUCGAUGCUCAAGAGGAGCACUGUAUUUUCAAAAAUCAUAACCUCCCAUGCAAAUGGCUCACAGCAGAAGAAAAUAUUGGAGUAAGCCUUCGUAGAAUUAGCGAGGCUCUUGCUAAUAUUGCAAUGCAAAACACUAAUUUGCGAGAGUUCAAGGACGUUUUAAGUAUUAUCAGUGGUACAGCUAUUCAGUUGAUUAGGCUAAUGCUAGAAAAGAGUCUUGAAUUAGCAUUGAUUUCGGAUCAUCCAAAAUUAGCUAGAAAGAAGAUAAUAGAAGAGUUGUCACAAACCCCUAAUUUACUUCCAAGCGACAAUUCAGCUGUGACAAUCAUAAUGAAUCCAACAACAAAUAUAUUCAUGUCCAACGAAAUGAAGCUGUUUUAUCAAGUCUGUAAGAAUAUAUAUGCAGAGCUAGCAUCAUAG